AUGUCCCCAGCGCCGGCGGAACAGUUCAAGAUGGACGCCGUGAAGAAGGCCGUCGUGGGGCUCCCAUCAGCAGCAGCGCUCGUGAGCGCGCUGGUGAACGCCAGCGACGAGUGCAGCCCGCCGUGCGCGGCCGAACUGUGCAAACAGGUCGAAGCAUGCGUCACGGAGGCCAGAAAGGCCGGGCCGCUCGGGCCCACUCAGCGGGCGGGGGCGGCCGGGGCACAGGUCGACGGGCGCGUGGACGUCAGCGAAGCGCUCUCGGUCAUCGAGGACAUCAGCGUGUCCACGCCCCGCGGCAGGUUCCGCCUCUGCGUGCUUCCUGACGCCAUGGUUCUCUGCGGCAAGUCCAACGACGUCCGCGUCCCCUUAUCCGCCAUCACCCACGUCGUCAUCCUCGACGAAUUGCCGCGCAGCCAAGGCAUGAACAGCAAGGACCGCGUGCUCGUCCUCCUGUCCCUCGACACCGCCGCGGACGUCCGCCACGGCAAGUCCGGGCCGCUCCCCGUGGUGCUGUUCUCCACGCUCGCCUCGGCAGCGGUGUCCUGCCGCGCGCCGAAAGCAGCCCCCGGCACCCCGCCGCUCAACGGGCAGCCCGCGGUCGUCCUGUGCCAGAUCCUCGCCGCGAUGGGCGUCCCCGAGGCCGCCUUCCUCUCCCCCGACUUGGGCGUGUUCAAGAGCUCCAAGGGCGCCCACGGCAUCUCGGCGUACCGCGGGACGUCGGACGGGUUCCUGUUCUUCCUCCAGGGCGCGAUCGUGUUCGCGGAGCGCCCCGCGCUGGUCCUCCCCGUGAAGCGCGUCCGUUGCGUCGGCCUGUCCCGCACCGGCGCCGCCAGCGCUACGUUCGACAUGGUGGUGUACGUGCGGGGCGGGGACGCGGUCGAGUUCACGGCGCUUGGGAAGGAGGAGAUGCCCGCGGUGAUGGCGUACCUGGAGGACCGCAAGAUCCGCCUCGGGGAGCCCGCGGGCGACGAGAGCGGGGGCGAGGAGGAGGGGGCUGCGGCGGGCGCCGAGAGCGGCGAUGGGGGCGAGACCGACGACAGCGACGACGAAGAGGACGACGACUUCGAUCCGAACGCCAAGGACUCCGAGUUCGAUGACAGCGACGUUGACGCGGAGGAGGUCGAGAUCGUCGACAGCGACGACGACGCGGGCAAGACGGGCAAGCGGCGGGCUGCCAAGCUGCGGGCGUCUCUGGGCGGGAGCGGGGGAGGCGCGGCGGCGCCCAAGGCCGCCAAGGCGCCCGCGACGACGCAGCCGCCCGCCAAGCGGCCCCGGCGGGACUCGGACUACGAGUCGGAGGGGUCGGACGACGACGACAUGGACGACUACGGCAUCCGCAGGGAUUGA